GAAAAAUUCCAAAAAAUAAUAAUAUCCCAUCGUGGGUAGCAUGUCUUGUACUGGUCAAAGUACAUUUUCAGAAGUAGUAUGCUCAUGAAAUUUCAUUUCGGCUUCUGUUUUUCACUUUAAUAUUGUGAACACAAAUCCCCUUUCUCAUGACUCAAUAUAAGUUUAUAAGAUCUCACUAAUAAUUCACUCACAAUUUUCAAUACCGUUUAAUUCAUUUCUAUGGGAAACUGUAUGAAUUCUUCUGCUGCUAAAGUGGAUGCAACAGUUGCCUCUAGAUCCCCUGGGAUAUCGAAUAGUAAAACUGGGACGUAUUCGGGUCCUUCGAGUACGACGAUUUCAAGUUACAGUGGUGGAAGUAGUAGUAUUGAUAGUAUUUGUACACCAAGAUCUGAAGGGGAAAUAAUAUCAUCUACUAAUGUGAAGCCUUUUUCUUUUAUGGAGUUAAAAAAUGCUACUAGGAACUUUCGACCCGAUAGUCUUUUGGGCGAAGGGGGGUUUGGGUAUGUUUUCAAAGGUUGGAUUGAUGAAGCUACUCAUUUGGCUUCAAAACCCGGAUCUGGAACCGUUAUUGCUGUUAAAAAACUUAAAACCGAGGGGUUUCAAGGCCACAAGGAAUGGCUGACGGAAGUAACGUAUCUUGGCCAGUUGCACCAUGCUAAUUUGGUGAAACUUAUUGGCUACUGCGCUGAGGGCGAUAACAGGCUUUUGGUUUAUGAAUAUAUGCCUAAAGGGAGUUUGGAAAAUCAUCUUUUUAGAAGGGGUCCCCAACCACUUCCUUGGGCAACAAGACUUAAAGUGGCAAUAGGUGCUGCAAGAGGCCUGGCUUUUCUUCAUGAUGCAAAAGACCAAAUUAUAUAUCGCGAUUUCAAGGCUUCAAACAUCCUUCUUGAUUCGGAUUUCAAUGCAAAACUAUCGGAUUUUGGUUUAGCGAAAGCAGGGCCCACAGGCGACAGGACUCAUGUGUCGACUCAAGUAAUGGGUACACACGGGUAUGCUGCACCGGAAUACAUUGCUACAGGUCGGUUAACUUCAAAGAGUGAUGUAUACAGCUUUGGGGUUGUUUUGCUAGAGCUACUCUCAGGUCGUCGUGCUGUGGAUAAAGAUAAAUUUGGUGUUGAGCAGGAUCUUGUUGAGUGGACAAAACCGUAUUUAGGAGACAAACGAAGGUUAUUUAGGAUUAUGGAUACUAAAUUGGAAGGACAAUAUCCUCAGAAAAGCGCCUUCACUGCAGCUACACUUGCUUCACAAUGUCUUAACAUAGAACCUAAAUCCAGACCGCGAAUGUCUGAAGUUUUAGCCAGUCUAGAAGAGCUUCAAGCCGCCAAAAACGAUUCAAGAGAUCACCGUAAGGUCUCUAGUCCGGUUCCUAGAUCACCAGUGGGGCAUCGUCAACGGCGGUCAACACCCUUGGGAUCUCCGUUGGUGACGCCACCACGACGAAGUACUGCUCAAGUACGAUAAUAAACACACAUACGUGGUAACUGUUGUUGUUUGUGUGUAUAGGAUUAUGUAUUUAGUAUCUCCCACGACAUAUAGGCGAUUAUAAGUUGUGAAUGUUCUUUUAGUCAGUGAAGUAGAAAGUAUUUGUCGAAUUCAUUGGUUUUUACAAAGCUGCAGGUUUGUGUUUUGGUUAA